AUGGAUGUUGACAAGGAAUUGCUUCGGAACGAAGAUCUUGAUAAUGGUACCGAUCAAACCUGGUCUUCCCAUGCACAACAAGACAUCGCAGCAUUACCUAUCAGUCGUGUUUCCCAUGGUCGAGCUGCGGUAGUAGACGCAGAUACUGAUAUGCAUAUGACCGCAUCCUUCGAGGCAAGUUCGGAUGGAGGCAGAGAAGCAGAAGCAGACGCAGAUGCAGAAACACAGCUCGAGCAGAUCAAUGCCGUCCUCGACGCUAUCCGGCUGAACAUCGCAAAUAUCCUGCGCACCUGGGGCCGUGACAGCUCGCAGUACAGAUCGGCCGUGGGGAUCAUGCAGGGUUAUCUUGUGCAGAAUAUGGAACGGCUGAGGCAUGUGGCUGGGUCUAGCAGUCGGUACGGAGCCGAUGUUGAUGUCGCUGGUACUGGUGGUGAGAAGGGACUUGUGGGCGAAGGAAAUAUGGGUGAGACCAGCCGGCAAGGUCAAGGCGACAUGGGUAAACGGAUCAAGGAGAUUGAAGGUGGGAUUGAGCUGCUGAUGAGCGAGUUGAAGCUUGAGUGA